AUGUCAUCGUACUACGAGUUGCCCGCCAACGCCAGCGAGGACGUGCUCAGGCUCAAGAUAGACGAAGUGAAUGGCAAGCUUCUGUCGCUAAACAUCUCUAAUUGCAUCGUCGCGGAGCCGGAAGGCCUCCUGUCCCUUUUACCUCGCCUGCAAUAUCUUCAGUCUCUAUCUUGCAUUGCAUGUCCCCUAAGAGCGAGCGUCCUUUUGGAACACCUGCUGACAUCGUUGCACAACGUGGCCCACCUGGACUUCUCGUUCGUUGGAACGGAACAUGACGCAAAGGAGGAACUAGCGAAGAUCCUGCAGUUGAAGCACGUGCACAAGGACAAAGAGACCCAAGUUCGUACGUUGUAUGCUGAGGUCGCCGCAGAUGAUAACAUCGAAGUGCUGAAUGCGUUUGUGCGGUACUGUCCACACGUGACGGACUUUCACCUUCACUUUGUACACCUCGCAAGCUACUACGACAUCGUGACGACGUUUGCGAGCGUCGUCAAGAAUGUGCGCAGCCUCGAGGUGGUCACAACCACGUGCGAAGCGCUGACUGCGAUGCAGUCCAGUACAGCGGCAGCAAUUGCAUCGCUGCCCGACGACCCCGAGUGCUGUCUCGAUAUUUUCGCUAACAUGGUGUACCAGAGAAAGCGGAAAUGCCUCAACUACGCCCCUCUGCAAGUACUGCGCCGAUCGACAGACCCGAUACUCCCGGAUGAGCCCGUCGUUCUGGUAGCUUUCAACAGAGCGGAUUUCGAUGCGUCCCUACUAAAUGUUGUCCGCUCGUGCCAAUGGAGCGAUUUGCAGAGCCUGUGCAUCUUGGAUUUUUCACCAAUACAAAACGAACGUACGUACCCGACGGUCGGCGCUACGCACAACGCCGCCUUUCGGCAGUUCUUUGGCAGGUUUUGUAACAUCGUCGAGUUGAACGUCAACUCCUUGCAUUUCGACGACGGCAUUGACUUCACGGAGCUUCUGGAUACGCCCACUGUGUUGCGGCUGCGCGCGCUGUCCCUGGCGCCCUGCGGCCUGCAGAAAAGUGGCGCGAUGCACCGGCUGGCCCUAGGCACUAGCGACAUCGAGGACUUGGACGUACGCCUCAACAUCGACGGGCGCCACAGCAGCUGCAAUUAUUGCAGUAAAGAACUCCUCCUCGAUCCGGAGGACGUGAGCGCAUUUGGCGAGAAAUCGGGCCGCCUCACAUUGAGCAACGUGCCGAAUUUAGCGUCCUUGAACUUCCUUAAGAGCUGUCCCGUGGCCAACCUACGGUUCAUCGACGUCUCCGAGAGACCUCGCUUCGACUUCAAGGCACUCGCGAGUUCCGUGCACCACAGCAACACCCUCCUCUCUCUAGUGGUUAGACUUGCAUCCAUCGAUUUGGACACCGAGUCCCUCAAGAACUCCCUGUGUCCUGCUCGGGCACUUGAACGCGUGUGCCUGCUGUCGAAGACUAAGCUACGAACAUCGGCCGCGGAGCGGAUAGUCGAAGCUGUGGCCAGCCAGCUACAGUCCAUCUUGUACUUGCACAUCCACUACGUGGAUAUUGAAACGGGCAGGGAUACGAGCGUGACCUGGAUGCGCUUGCCCGAAGGCGACGCGGGAGCCCAACCUCGUCGAGGAAAAGUAAUGUCGGGGAAGCCUUGCAUCAUGUGCUCCACCCAGACGUUCAUCGCACUCGUGAAGCCACGCCGCCGGGACCUGUAGACCGAGCUACGCUCAAUGGUCCUCACGUUUGUCCACUAAAGGACCAACACCUUAGUAGUGCCGGCGCUUGAUUCCGCUCUGUCGGGUGUUACAGGAACUGUCGUAGGAAAGGAACUGUCUGUGUGUCCCUCGAGAUGCCGUAGUUAAGCGUAUUUU